AUGUACAUCACAGGCUGCCACCAUCACUCCAUCGAUAUUCUGCUGCCGCCUGAACUAGCAAACGCCGCCCGGAAGGUCGUUCCAACGGUGCCAAGAAUGCAACCAACCCGGCUGGUCUGGCCAAGGGUGGAGAGGUAUGGCAUGACAGGCGUUUUGGCUGGCCUCCAGUCAAUCCAUGGCAAGGUUUGGUACCUCGCCUAG